AUGACCUCGCCAUUCGGUAGAUCCGAUCCGCACACAACCCGGCUCAGUCUCCACAAGGAGCCGCCGUCCAGCAACAACAACCUCAGCAACCAUUCCAGCGUCGAAUACGGCCGCCUCAGCCAGCGCACCACCGCGGCUGCCGCCGCCGCAGCCAUCGCCGCGGCGGAGGCCUUGACGCGGCAUCCGAGCGCGAGGGAGCAGCCGGUGGAUGUGAGGAUAAACGACAUCGUCGGGAAUGGCGUAUCGGGGAUACUGUAUAAGUGGGUGAAUUACGGUAAGGGAUGGCGGCCGAGGUGGUUCGUUUUGCAAGAUGGAGUGCUUUCGUAUUAUAAGAUUCACGGGCCUGAUAGGAUCGCUGUGACGCCGGAGACGGAGAAAGGCUCCAAGGUCAUCGGCGAGACGUCGAAUCGGAGACUUUCGAGGCAUCGGAAUCCUAGUCCUCAGAAGCUACGCCGCAAGCCAUUCGGCGAAGUUCAUCUCAAGGUCUCUAGUAUCCGUGAAAGCAAAUCAGAUGAUAAGCGGUUCUCGAUCUUCACCGGUACAAAGAGGCUGCAUUUGAGGGCAGAAUCGAGUGACGAUCGAUGCGCCUGGGUGGAAGCAUUGCAGGCCGUGAAAGACAUGUUUCCGCGGAUGUCCAACAGUGAGUUGAUGGCUCCCGUGGACAAUGUGGCCGUGUCUACUGAUAAAUUGAGGCAGCGCUUGGCCGAAGAAGGUGUUAGGGAGGCAGCCAUUCAGGAAAGUGAACAGAUAAUGAAGACAGAGUUUGCUGGAUUGCAGAACCAGCUUCUUCUGCUUAAGCAGAAACAGUGGCUCCUAAUUGACACGCUACGACAGUUAGAGACAGAAAAGGUAGAUUUGGAAAAUACAGUGGUUGAUGAGAGCCGACAGUUGAAAGAUUCUGGGGCAUCCUCUAGAUCAAGACAAGACAAAUUCAGUGAAGGAAGUGCAACUGAAUCUGAGGAUGAUAAUGAAAGACCUGAUGCUGCAGAGGAAGAAACGGAUGAAGAGGACAAUGCUUUCUUUGAUACUCGUGAUUUUUUAUCAUCAAGUUCUUUCAAAAGUAAUGGGUCUGAUUAUCGGAUAUCUUCCAUGUCUUCUUCAGAUGAUGAUGGGCUCUAUGCCUUUGAAUCUGAAGAUGGUACAGAUCCAUCACUCAGAUCUGUUGGGAUGGACUUUCCUGUUGUCAAGCGGCGUAAGAAAUUGCCUGACCCUGUGGAGAAAGAAAAGAGUGUUAGUCUUUGGUCGAUGAUUAAGGACAACAUUGGGAAGGACCUCACAAAAAUCUGUCUCCCUGUAUACUUCAACGAGCCUCUAUCUUCUCUACAAAAAGGUUUUGAGGAUUUGGAAUAUUCAUACCUCCUUGAUCGAGCAUAUGAAUGGGGCAAAAGGGGUAAUAGCCUUAUGAGGAUUCUUAAUGUGGCUGCUUUUGCUGUAUCUGGAUAUGCUUCAACUGAAGGAAGGAUGUGCAAACCAUUCAAUCCAUUAUUAGGGGAAACAUAUGAGGCUGACUAUCCAGACAAAGGCCUUCGGUUUUUCUCAGAGAAGGUUAGUCAUCACCCCAUGAUUCUUGCUUGCCAUUGUGAGGGUAAUGGAUGGAAAUUCUAUGGAGACAGCAAUUUGAAGAGCAAAUUCUGGGGCCGCUCAAUUCAGCUUGAUCCUGUUGGUGUUUUGACCUUGGAAUUUGAUGAUGGUGAAAUUCUUCAAUGGAGUAAAGUCACAACUUCCAUUUACAACCUCAUAUUGGGAAAGCUUUACUGUGAUCACUAUGGUACAAUGCGAAUACAGGGAAAGCAUGAAUAUCAAUGUAAGUUGAAAUUUAAGGAGCAGUCUAUCAUCGACCGAAAUCCUCACCAGGUUCAAGGUAUAGUUCAAGAUAAGCAUGGGAAAACAGUGGCAACUUUGUUUGGAAAAUGGGAUGAAAGCAUGCAUUAUGUGGAUGGAGACUGUUCAGGGAAGGGAAAAUUUGAGUCCUUAUCUGAUGCCCGCCUGCUCUGGAAGAGGAGCAAGCCACCCAAGUUCCCAACCAGAUAUAACUUAACACGCUUUGCCAUUACAAUGAACGAACUCCUUCCUGGAUUGAAGGAGAAGUUGCCCCCAACAGAUUCAAGGCUCAGACCAGAUCAAAGGUAUCUGGAAAAUGGGGAAUAUGAAAUGGCAAACUCUGAGAAAUUGAGGCUUGAGCAGAGGCAACGGCAGGCUCGAAAGAUGCAAGAAAGUGGUUGGAAACCGCAGUGGUUUGCAAAGGAUAAAGCAAGCGAUACUUACCGGUAUACUGGCGGAUAUUGGGAGGCAAGAGAAGAAGGGAAGUGGGAUGCUUGUCCCGAUAUUUUUGGCCAUGUUCCGUCUGAACAAGUUGACUAAUAGUCAGUUCAUUGCUGUCUCUAGUUUUACCAAUUCUUUUCCAUUUUUUCCCCUAUGGGGUGGUGGAGACUGCUCUGAUUCAAAGCAGUUCAGCGCCUCCCAUGACUUACAUAUAAAGUAAAUUGAAUGAAAGGUCUUUGCAGGUAAUAAAAUCAUUUUUUUGUUUCCUCCAUCGUUCCAUCUUAUACAUCUGAUGAUACAUGUUAGGUUGGCUUUUUCUUGUCAUCGAAGCAAAUCGAACAUCUAAGUAUCUAACUGCACUUGAUCAGAGGAACCCAUGAUCAGAGUUGCCAUAUUCAGUAGGAAGAGAGUUCAGCAACACUGCUCUUUACCUAAUUACCCACUCCCGAGGGUGUGCAAGUAAGAUAUCAUUGUAGUAAAUAUUUUGGUGAUUGGUCUGCAUGAAGACAGCAGCACUUUACUGCUUUUAUUUCAGUAAUUUGGACCGCGCGAUUAGAGUUCUUUGAAUCUGGGUCCAGAAAACUUGUAUGUAAUUGGGAUCGAUCACUGAAAUGUUGGAAAACUCGAGCGACUAUUGAAAAACAUAUACGCAAUAGGCUAUUGGGUUCAAUUCUUAUUAUCGUCGAUUAUUCUAACUUUUAACUUUGUACAUCGAUCUUGUUUUCACUCUUCAACAACUUAGUUCAAUUGUUUGUAUUGAUAGGUGAGUUUUACUCCAAAAGUUUCAGGAGAAUUUCCCUUGACCAUACCCGGUUGAGCUUUUCUCUUAUACCUAUACCCAACUGAGCAUUUCCCUACACUAUUUUUUUUUUAAAGAAAUAAAUAAUUCAUUAAUCAAGGGGCCAUCCCAUAUUACAGAACAAACCGAAAAGUUAACAAUAAAAAGUAUGAGUCUCCAACUCAAUCAACAUAG